GAAGCUCUUAUUAAAAAGGCGGGAAUCCGUGAUCAUGUCAUGCAACAUGCCAUUGAUGUCAUCGUGUUACGCUUUGUGACCCAAAGACGAGCAAAAUAAAUAUUUUAUUCGAAAUUGCAACGCGAAAGUAAUUUUCACGAGUUUAAUCGUUUAUCAUUAACGAAGAAGUCUUCGACAGAGUGCAUACUUGAUACGUUCGUCACUGAUGUCCAUUCCAGGUUAUUUCGUUCUCAACAUCCGUUAGUUUUUGAUCAUUGAAAUGUUUCUAUUGCUUUUCGAGAAAUUUUGAGGAAAUCGAAGAAGGGAAAAUCGAUGUACUACGUUCUUAAGGGAUCGAGAGAUUGCAAAUAAAGUAGAAAAAGGAUAUUAAUGUCAAAGUAUGAAAGAUAUCAAGCAAUAUUUUGCCAAUGGCAAGAAUAUCAUUGAUAAGGAGAUUGAUACUGAUCUAAGCAAUGUAAAAGAGGAGGAUCAAGAACAAGAAGAUAUCGCGACAAAUAAACACAAACGUAUGAGGAUCCGGAUAUCCAGCAAUGGUUCUUCAAGCAGAAUAUACGACAUCGAGAAUAAGAACGAUCUAAUCGACAAAACGCCCAGUCCAUUCAAUGGUGAGAUAAAUAAUGGUGAAAGAACUUUGCAAGAUGGAACGCCAAAAUCAGGUUUAACCGAAUCAAGCAUAAAACGUCAUCUUAAGAAGCGUUCAAAAUCCACUGUGGAAAUAAACCGAAAUCAGUCUGAAGAAACAAGGAAUAUCUCGCAAGAACAAAAAUUAAAUAAUCAGAUUGUUAUGAAUUUAAACGGUUCUCUUAAUGACAAUAUUAAUUCUAAAGAUGAAACUGAAUCAAAUAUAGAAUUUCAUGAUGAAAUUGAUUCUCAACGGAAAGAAUCAAAUGCUUUUCAGGUUCUGAUGAGUCGCAGUAAACCAAUACAAUAUAAAUCACCACCACAGCAACCCAUAGAAGACAGUGAGAAUAAAGAGAAAUCAAAAGAAUUCAGAUCUAAGUGCAAAGAGAAGCUCAUAGCUUUGGCUGAUAAAAAAGGAUAUUCAAGAAAAAAAAUAGCUGAAAUGGAAGAGGGUGAGAAAAUAGAAAAGAAUAUUGAAAAUCGUAUAAGGUUCUUUAAGGGCGAGAAUAAAAGCAACAUACUUGAAAAGGAUAACAGCUUUGAAUUAUCCAUAAAAACUAACAAACAAUCUGGAAACUUGCUAAAUUAUUUUAGCAAGUCACCCUUGGGAUUGACAAAUAAGGAUGAAAAAUGUGUGUCUACUUUUACUGUAAAAGCAGAUGUACAUAGGACUGAUAACUCUGAUAUUGAACCUAUGAGGAAGCUGAAAUCAAAUGAGAAAUAUUUUAAUAAGAAAUGUCUGAAGUCAGAGUUAGAUCUUUCUACAAUGGAUGAUAUUCAUGUCAUAGAGUCUGAAAAUUUAUUUUCUCUACAGCCAAUCAAACAAGAUAAGCAGAAACGAGAAAAACAUAUAUAUAUAUAUAUAUAUGAUUAUCUAGCUUUAAUAACAUUUGUAAAAUUAACAUUUAUAAUUUUACUUGCAGAUACCGAUGACGAAUUGUUUUCACCAAGAAGCAAAUCAAAGUUUAGUGCUUCGAGUAAAUCUGGAAAGUCCGUAAAUAUAGAUAAUGAUGAAGUCUAUAUGAAGAAUCAACAUCUUAAAAUGAAAGAGCGAAAUAAGGAAAGAAAAGAAUUAAUUGUAAAAGAUAGCAACAUUUCAAACAUUAUUAAAGAUGCUCGUAAUGGAAAUACUGAUUUUAAAAAAUCAAACAGAAUUAAUAAGAAAGAACAGAAGAUUAAUGAAAUGAGUGAAACAGUUAUAAUAAUUGAUGAUUCCGAAUGCAAUAUCAGCAAUGAGAAUAUUCUGAAAAGAAAACCGAAUGAAAAACUGGCACCUUUAUUCAUUAAACGACAUAAAAUGGAUCCAGCAGUCACAGCAGCAAAACGUUUAUUCCUACAAUCGGAUAUAAUCGAUGUAGAAAACACAAAAAAUACAGACCAUAAAGUAAAUAAUGGCAUACCUGUAUUACCAUUUCCUGCUAUCAGUCAUAUUACACAAUUAGAAGAUGAAUCAGACUCGAUCAGAUCUGAAAUAGAACACAAAUUUUCAAUGAAAAUCGAGAAACAAUAUUUGCCUUCGAUAGAGAUUAGUAAUUAUAAAUAUAUUACUAAUUGUAGGGAAGCAUCAAAAAUGAUUAAAACGAUUAAAGAAUCCAUGAAAGAAAAUGUGGAGCAAGUGUUAUCAGAAAUCGAGAAGCUUUAUCCAGAUGUUCGAAAAAUGUGGGAGACUAUAUCAACAAUUAAGGGGGAUUUGAAAAAGAAAUCGCCAUCUCCAGAAGGUAGAAAAACGCGAGCGCAUGAACGAAAGAGAAUGUUAAUAGAGAAUGUUGAGUCCGAGGAAAAGCAAUCGCACAAUUGCGCAUGGAUGUACAAAUAUAAACCGAUGAGCGCGCAAGAAAUAGUUGGAAAUGAAGAAGGUGCGAAUAAGCUAAAAGAUUGGUUGAGUGGCUGGAGAACAUCUUUAACAAAGGAGAACGAUGACAGUAGUGGUGAUGAGUUUUAUUCCUCAGAUUGCAGUUCCUCGUUCAACAUUGAAAAUAAUCAAAUUGCUGUCUUAUUAGGGCCACAUGGUAGUGGAAAAAGCGCAAGCGUAUAUGCGAUAGCAGAGGAACUUGGCUACAGCGUAAUUGAAGUGAAUGCAUCUUCCAAACGGACUGGAAAGAGAAUCUUAAAAGAAUUAGAGGAAGCCACAAAGUCGCAUAGAAUUAAAAAAAGUAAACAUAAAUCUCUAUUCGAACGAAUUACAAAUGAAGAUGAAACCUCAAAGAUAUCGCAAAAUUCGUUAAUUUUUUUGGAAGAUAUUGAUCUUGUUUUUGAAGAGGAUGAAGGAUUUGUUUCUGCCGCGUAUCAAUUAGCAUCGAACACCAAACGACCAAUUGUUAUGACAUGUAGGAAUACGUGUCCUCAUUUGAACAAAAUGGCACCACAACAAAACAAAGUUUACUUUCAUAAAGUGAGUGGUAACAGAGUGUCUACCUUACUGGAAUUAAUUGCGCUUGCAGAGACAGGUUACAGAAUUCCGCCUAAUUGUUUAAGGAAAUUACUGCAAGAAGGCGACUUAAGACAGGCAUUGCUCCAGUUGCAAUAUUUACUAUUGUCAGGUCUACCGAUAUUAUCACAACAAUCAAUGAUUGUAAAGUCGUUACUUUGGCAGGACGUGCAACGCUAUUUAUACAAACCUGCGAUUAAGCUAAACAAGAGACACAAGACAAAGAAAACUACAAAUACAAAAAACUCUAAUGAUACAUACAUAUUGAACAAUUUAGCGGAAGAUUUGGACAGUUUAUCUCUAAUGUCGUCUUUAAUUGAUGUCGAAGAUAUGACAUUAGACAUGUCAGAGGAGAAAACGCAACCUAAUUUAUCCUUAGCUGAAAAUCUGUCUUUCUAUUCCGCCUUACACGAUUUGAAUGCGGAUAUAGCGGAUUUUAUAAACAGCCAAAUACUGUAUAAAAACUUUGAUGCAAACAAGCAUGUGCAAAAUCAAAGUAACAUUAUUCUGAGGAAGCAAUUAAAACAAGGAGUGGAUUUAGCGCUAUCGCAUGUCACAUCCACGUGUUUAGAUCGACGAAUCAUGGCGUUAGAUUAUCUUCCGACUGCGCGAACGAUAUGCCGCGCAGAAGAAUCUCGCUCGAGUACAAAUUACAAAAGAGGCAAUCGAUUUUUCCAUUAUCUGCACAGUCUAAAAGUGCCGAGCGCAUCAAUGAAACCAAAUAUCUUAGCCGCAGCAUGUAGAAUGUUACAAGAGGGAGGGAAUAAAACUGCAUCGAUACAAAAAAACAUCACUGUUGACUAAUACUCAAGAGAAACCUAUAUAUAUUUUUAUACACAACGGUUUUACUGAAUUUUAACAUUGCUAUAAAUUGCAAUCAAUUUAUCGAUAUUUUAGAGUUUUGAUA